AUGCCGGGGGGCCGCACGCUGCGGCUGCAGCCCGGGGACCGCAUCGAGGCCCUGUGCGUGCUGGGCUCCCGCAUCCACGCCGAUGUCCACGGGGCGGCCCCAGCCGGGGCGGUUUCCUUCGGGGUGAAGCACACGGAGGGGGUCAGUGUGGAUGUGGUGUCCCGGGGCCGUGACGAGGCCGAGCCGGUGCCCGGCAGUGGGACGCGGUGGCCGCUGCAGGAGGGGACGGUCCUGAGGUUCAGCAUGAGCCAGCCCAGCACCGAGGUCAACGACAACAAGGUCACUGUCAGCUUUUAUGGAGGGGAAGGGAAGCCCAUCACCCAAGCUGGAGUCUUCCUCACUGGCAUCGGGAUCUCCCUGGACGUCGACGCGGACCAGGAUGGCGUGGUGGAGAGGAACAGCCCCAACAAGGCCAGCUGGAGCUGGGGUCCUGAGGGACACGGGGCCAUCCUGCUGGUCGGCUGUGACAAGGAGAUUCCCUCCGCUCCGGCGUCCGACUGCGACAACGAGCAGGUGUUCAACAAAGAAGAUUUGGAGGACAUGGCCCAGAUGGUGCUGAGGAUGGAGGGGCCCCAGCGCCUGCCCCGGGGAUACGAAAUCAUUCUCUCUGUUUCUGUCCGUGACGCUGACAGGGUUGGGGUGUUCCAUGUGCAGAAUCCCUUCUUUGGGCAGCGCUAUGUGCAGGUGCUGGGCUGCAGGAAGCUGUUCCACGCCGUGUCCUACCCCGGCGGGGCCGCCGAGCUCGAUUUCUUCGUCCAGGGGCUCUGCUUUCCCAACGAUUCCUUCUCCGGGCUGGUCUCCAUCCAUGUCAGCCUCCUGGAGAUGCUGGCAGAGGGUAUCCCCCACACUCCAGCCUUCACAGACACAGUGGUGUUCCGGGUGGCCCCGUGGAUCAUGACCCCCAACACCUUGGCGCCGGUGAAUGUCUUCCUCUGCAGCAUGAAGGACAACUACCUGUUCACCAAGGAGAUCCAGACCCUGGUGACCAAGGCUGGCUGCAAGCUGAAGGUUUGCUUCGGAUACACCAACCGUGGGGAUCGCUGGAUGCAGGAUGAGAUUGAGUUUGGCUACACCCACGCUCCCCAAAAGUGCUUCCCAGUGGUGCUGGAUUCCCCUCGGGAUAGAGGGAUGGAGCAACUCCCCGUCAAGGAGCUGCUGGGCUCCGAUUUCGGGUACGUGCACAAGGAGCCCCUGUUUGAAGCCAUCACCAGCCUCGACUCCUUCGGCAACCUGGAGGUCAGUCCGCCCGUGUCCGUGGGGGGGAAGGAGUAUCCCCUGGGCAGGAUCCUCAUCGGCAGCAGCUUCCCCACAUCCACAGGGAGGAGGAUGACCAGGAUGGUGAGGGACUUCCUCCAUGCCCAGCGAGUCCAGGCUCCCGUGGAGCUCUACUCUGACUGGUUGGCCGUGGGCAACGUCAAUGAGUUCCUCACGUUCGUGCCCACCUCGGACAAAAAGCGAUUCCGGAUGCUGAUGGCCAGUCCUGCCGCGUGCUACAAGCUUUUCCGGGAGAAGCAGAAGGAAGGCCAGGGAGAAGCCACCAUGUUCAAAGGGUACUCGGGGACAGACACAAAACGAGUCACCAUUAACAAGGUCCUUUCCAAUGACAUCCUGGCGCAGCAGAACCAGUAUGCCCAGCGCUGCAUCGACUGGAACAGGGAUAUCCUCAAGAGGGAGCUGGGAUUGACAGAGGAGGACAUCAUCGACCUGCCCGCCCUCUUCAAGCUCGACAAGCAGGGCAAAGCUGUGCCGUACUUCCCCAACACGGUCACCAUGAUCGUCCUGGCCAAGGAGUUGGGCAUCCCCAAACCCUUCGGCCCCGUGACGGCAGGGGAAUGUUGCCUGGAGCAGCGGAUCCGCUCCCUCCUGGAGCCGCUGGGUCUGAGCUGCCGUUUCCUCGAGGAGGUGGCCUCCUACCACGGCAGCCUGGGCGAGGUCCGGUGCGGCACCAACGUCCAGCGACGGCCCUUCACCUUCAAAUGGUGGCACUUCACGCCAUAGCAAGACCCUCUUCUCCUCUUCCUCUUCCUCCUCUUCUUCCUCCUCCUUCUCUCUCCUCCCUCCUCCCCAGUGGCUUUUUCAGUGUGUGUUGCUUGUGAUUCACUUAAUAAAUAUA